GCCAGGUGACGCUUCCCUGUGUCGACGCGAGAAGAGACUGUCGGGUUAUAAGCUUUCAGUUCUGUAAUAUCAACAUUUUUCGGUGUUUCUACAUGGGUUGGUGUACAUUUUUUGUUGUGGUUUAUAAACAAGACUGCUAUCUAAAAAGACAGUCCAAAUAUUAAUAGAUUAUAAGUUUAGUGCAUUUCGUUGAAACUGAAUGUUGGGCCUAGUAAAAUUACAAUAACCCUGCGAUAGCUAAACAGAAUACACAAAGAUAAUCAGAUAGAUAAAUGAAUAAAUAAAACGUGCAAAUACGCCACCAGAUUCGCGUCGCGCCAGAUAAACGUGAGUCGACCAGCCAAGGAGAAUGAUCUUCCCCGUUCUCUUCGCGUGCGCCGUGGCCUUUGGGGCGACGACGGCCAGCGCUCAGGCUGACUGCAGCUUCAACACCACAGGAGCCUCGGUGUCCUUCUGCAGCCUCCUGACCAACACCGACCCGUUUUCUGUGGCUUCGUGGCGAGGGGGGACUGGCUCGGAGUCGAACUGGAGCGGUGGACCUUCGGUGGAUAACGGAAAUGACCCUGCAGGAGGAUAUGGCUUCGCGACAACCUACGACAUGGUCAACACCGACCAGCCGUACAAAAAGGCCUGGCUGGUGACGGAGCCGGCCCCGAAAACAGGAGCCCUGGGGAAAUGCCUCGAGUUUGCGUACGCCAGCUACGGCCUGGGCAUCGAAGAGUUCCAAGUCCUCCUGAUGACUUACCUGACGGAGGACGUGAAUGACGCCCUGGAGAACAACACGUCCCCGAUCGUGUUCCAGCGAACGAACCUCAUGAAGCACAAAGGUUCGACUCGCGGACAAUGGCAGCCGGCGAAGAUUACGUUUUCUGCUAAGGGAGACUUCAGCGUGGCGUUCGAAGCGGUACCGAACCUCAUGUAUGAACGGUACACCGGAUACGUCGCCGUCGAUGACAUUACCUUCAAGGACGGACCGUGCGAGAAUGAGUGUAUAUUCGACCUGAACUUCUGCGAGCUGACAAACGAGCCCAACAACGACGACUUCGACUGGUCUCUGGGUCGAGGCACCGAGAGGACCAACACGGGGCCGACCAAAGACCAGUCGUCCUUUCUCUCCAACGGAGUCACUAGUGGUGGUUACGCCUACAUCGACAGCAGUUACCCGAGGACAGAUGGCGAAAUCGCACAGCUGGUUUCUCCUGUUCUUGAUCCAACUGAGUCCCCAAUGUGCCUGAAAUUCUGGUUGAAUAUGUAUGGCAGCGGUAUCGGAGCCUUGAGGGUCCUUUACGCUCCAACGGCGACCGCGAACAACAUCCGGGAACUUUGGAAGCAAGAGGGACCGUCUUCAGGCACUGAUGAUUGGUACCCCUGCAAGGUGACGGUGGCUUCGGCGGAGAGUUUCAACCUGAUUUUCGAAGCUUCAGUCGGCACUCGAGGCUCGGGUGACAUAGCCAUCGACAGCAUCACGUAUUCCAAGGGGGCGUGUCCUAGUCAGCCUUCGUUCUCCACAUCUACCUGGGGGGACUGUGACUUCAUGGAGAAUACCUGUGGCUGGCAAAUCCCCUAUUUCCCGGAUGAAGUUUGCUCGAUGCUAUCCCGCGUCACAGAAAACUUCGAGAAUCCGCAUGGACAUACAGAGAACGAAUUCGACAUUAACGACUCCUACAUUCAGUUCGACUUGAGUUGUUACCAGCAGCAAGCUCGACACACGGUUUCACUUACUUAUCUACAAGCCAGUAUGACAACCGAGACGUGUCUGUCCUUCUGGGUAUACAUGUUCACAAGAGUCCAAUCUCAGAGCAAAAUCGGUGCCCUUAGUGUCAUAUUGAUUACCAAUGAAGGCAACCAGACUCUGUGGAGACUAGAAAACGAACAACAUUCCGAUUGGAUGUAUGCACAGGUGACCCUCCCCCCGUGGGCCUGGCGAACGUCGCCUUCCAGGCCACCAAAGCCUCGUCAGUCAUCGGCAUGAUUGGCGUGGAUGACGUCACGGUCUUCAGCGCCGCCUGCGAGGUGUUGCCCGAACAAGCUCGCGUCGAGGUCGCCGACUGCACCUUCGACCACACCUUCUGCGCGUGGACGGUGCAGAACGAGGACCCGCUGGCCACGAGGCCCUCGGAGAACUGGCGCCUCGCGACCCGGGACGUGGGCG